UGCCUCGAACCACUGAGAGAUGCUCUCUCUAUCUCAAGCUUUUGCUUCUGUGAAAGCUCCACUGCUUACACUCUACUCUCCUUCUCUCUCGACUCUCUGCUGAAACCUAGGGUUUCUCUGCUGCUUUUGAUUUUCCGAUUUUUUUGACCGCCGCGACCAUGUCUUAGUAGCCGUUGGGCCGAUUUUCGUUUCCGGGAGAUAAUCGCCGGCAUUUGAUGGUGGUGUUUGACGGCGGUUAGGGUUUCUGAGAGCUCCGGAAGAUGGAGAGCUCGUGGAAGCCUAAAUAUAGUUCGACAUUCCCGUCAAUGGUUUCCUCGUCCUCUCAGGAGCUUCGGAAUCAGGAGAAAGAAUGUACAUAUACAAUGUGAUUGUUGACCGUGACAGUAACCUAGGGGAACAACAUUCUCUAUGAACUGGUGUUUGUCGCGACAAGCGGGCGUGCGAUUGAGAUACUGUGUUCAAGAUGGAGAGCAAUCCAGGGUAUUAUUCUUAUCCACAUGGCUCACAAGAUUUAAGACCCACAAUGCUUGGUAGAUUACAAGAUCCUGUACUUUCAAGCAUUCCGUAUUCAGAUUCCCAAAGAUCAGAACAUGCUACGUUGGGAAAUUCAUUUCUAGCCCUCUUAUCUGGGUCACAAUCAGUAUUCCAGUGUGAUUUUCAAGGAUUAUCAAAUCCAAAGCCUAUGGGUACCUCUUGUAAGCGUCUGCCAGAUAGUAAUAAUUUCAUUGUGAAUGGUACCGGAAGUGCCAUUCCAGUCACAUCCAGUGGGCUACUCCCAGAAAAUAUGAGUGGGCAACACCUGCAAGGCGGAGCAGGCUCUUUUAAGGUUUCAUCAAAGUCAGUCCCAAGCUCCAGUUUUGGAAGCAAAUCUGUUUUGUAUGAUCUGCAGAGUUCGGACCUGGCCAAGGUAGUCACAUGUGACAUGGUCUCUGGUAGUGAGAAGGUAAGGGGCUCUUUUUCCUUGAGCGGGGAAUGGCAUGGUGUUAGCACUGCAGAUACUAGGAAGGCAGCGAAGGCUUGUGGAGCAAAUAUUCAAUCUUCAAGAACAAAGUCAAUGGAUGCAAGCACCUCUAUAUCUAACCAAGCAUUGGGUUUUAUGAAUGGUUGCCCUCGUGUUUUUUGUUCAACCACUAGUGGUUAUCUACUUCUCAGCAAUACAGGACUUGUUGGAAUUGUUUGUUCAUGCCAUUGUCUCCACAUGUCUGUCCUGAAAUUUUGCGAGCAUUCAGGGUUAUAUGAUGUCAACCCGGGGGACGUCGUUCGUAUGGACAGUGGAGAGACCAUUGCCCAGUGGUGCAAGCUCUACUUCCUGAAUUCUGGGAUUAGGGUUCCGGGAGAUCGGAGUGAAUGGGACUGGCCUGAAGGAUUAUCAGCAACUGCCUCUUUGGCGAAAUCUAGUCUGACUAUGCCCAACAUAUCCAAUAACUUGUCUCAUAUGGUUCGCUCAUCUGGAGGUUCAGCAAGUUCUCAGCAGUCUUUAGAUGGUGCUGCGCUCUUAAAGAGCCUCCUUACAAACCAGAAUUCUGCUGUUGGUUCUGUACAAAAUAAACAACAAAGGAAUAGUCAGGAUAGCAACAACAUUUCUCUCAAGGGUUUGACUGGCACUUCACAGAACAAUUUACAUGGUAUGGCUGAUAACCUGAUAUUGGAGUGCACUAAGUCAAUCUCAAAUUUAGUUGGUUGUGGACUGCAAGAUAGCUGUCAGUCCGCAUCUGCUUACGUUGAGUCCAUGAAGAAGGGAAAUUCAUCCAUUACCUACCCCACCAUGAAGAAUGGAAAUUCAUCCAUUACACACCAUUCUUUACAGAACCAAAGAAUCAUUGGUACAGAAUCAAACGUUUGCAGAACUGUAAAUGGGAAGGAUGGUGCCUUCAGGGAUGCUGCAAUUUCAAAUAUUGAGCUGAGGCUUGGUCAACCAUACCAGUUGGGUCAAACUCAAACUUCAGGAAAUUCAAAUCUAUCAGCUGUACGUCCACAGCUAUUGGACACACAUGCAAAUCCACUGAAGUCUCUCUUUCCUGAACAGAUGAUUCCUAACACAGCCAACUGCAGUGAAGGGGUGAAAUUUGGCCAAUCUCUUCAGUUUUCUGCUGUUCCAUAUAAUCCCAGCACAAAAAGAGAUGGAAAGCAGUUAAACCGUGGAAAUAAUGCAUUUGUAAUCAGUAAUGCGAUGGAUGCUGCAAGAGUAGAGAAAACCAAUUGCAACCUGGUCCAGGAUUCUGUAAUUUCAUUUCUUACCAAUCUCAAUGCUCCACCUGAUGAAAAUUCACGACCAAAAGCCAGUAAUUAUAUAUAUAAUGGAGGUGAGCAUGCUAUGCGAAGUACACAACAUUAUGAAACUCAUUCUGCCAAGUCUGAGCUCACUAGUGGCCCCCGGAAUGGAGGUAAUAAUUUACAAAGGCAAUUGAACAUGUCUCAGUUGGGUUCCUAUAGACUAAUUGACAAGGCUAAAGGGGCAAGUUUUGUCGCAAAUGAUUCUCACCUUUCAAAGGAUUCAGGGUGUAGAAUUCAGAAGGAAAUUGAAAUCUCAAGCUCUUUCAAUGGAUUGAGUGGAAGCAGUGAUCCUCGUUUCGUAACAGUACAUAAAGACAGCUGCUACUCACACCAGUUGUCUGGUGUAGCACCCAAUGGACCUGAUUCUAGAAGAUAUUCUAAUUUUCCUGUGAAGAUUUGUUCUUUUAGUAAUAGUGGGCAAGUUGGUCAUGUUGAUCUCCCACCCUUGACUUCAUCGGUAGGAUCUGGCAUAAUUUUUUCAUCAGAUGGAGUCUCAAAAUGCAUUCCUGUUAGUGCUUCAACAUCUGUAUCAGAUCAGAGUCAUCAUCCACCUGCUUUAUCUAGAGAACAGUUAACUGGACUAACCACUCACUUGCCCGAUGAUAAUUCACGACUGCUUGCAAUAAGGCAAAUACUGGAGUUAUCGAAGCAACACCAGGCAUGGCCUUCCCUUCCCAUGAACCGAGGGGAAGGAAGAUUUGGUUGCUCUUCUUAUAUGCAGAAUUCUCUUGUUGACACUUCAGCGUCCGAGAAGCAAGUCCAACAACUUAGUCAUACCAGUAACCAUGAUGUCACCAUUAAAUCACACCAACCAGGUGCCAGCUGUAGAAUUAGAACUGAUGAAGGUUUUGCUUCCAUGACUGGUGUUAACACCUGCUGUCAUUUGUCAACAUUGAAACAAGGAACUGCAUUACAUUCUAAAGAAGUUGAUAUGAAUCAUCAAAUUUCCUUUGUUCCUCUGUUUAAUGAGCAACACUCAUCGAGAAGUGGGAAGAACACCAAUGAGCCUAGAGGGCAUGAAAGAUGCUACCACAAAGUUCCCUAUGGUUGUUUUCAUGGCAGCUGCAGUUGUGCAGCCAACAUAAACUGUUUAGGAAUGAAUUUUGAAAGAGUUGGAGGUUUUCCUGCCUUUAACGAACAAAUUGGAACAGUCCAUGGUGAAUCCCCCACGACAUUUACUCAUAAAUGUGCUAACAACCAUAUUGUUCCAAAGGAUAAAACUGUUUCCUUAGAUCAUAGGAGAAAGUUGAAUGGGAAAUUACCCAAGAACAUCUGUAAUGCUUCACAGUGGAAAGAUGUUCCGAGUAAGGUCAAAGGAGUUUCUGAUGUGAUGCGUGUGGACCGUUUAUCUAAUUUGUUUGAUGCGAGAAGACAAGAUAGUGAGCAGCUUGCAGAUACUAGUGUUAAACACUCCAAUGGUACUUUGCAGAUGGUGGAAUCUUCGAAAGAGCAUGAAAUUUCUAAUAUUUCUUCUGGAUGUUCUGCGCCGGCUGUUACCCAGGCAUCAAUUGAGGUUAACAAGAUAGAUUCUUCAACAGUUGAUGCUGGGGAUAAUGGAUGUGUAAGUAAUCUUGUUUUUGACGAAGGGUCAGGCAUUGAUAAAUGCGGGUCAUCAGAUGAUGCACUUGAAAGCGUAAAAAGUGCGGAGUUCUUUGCCUCAACCAGCUUGAGAAAACUUGGGUCUUUUAAGAAUUUAAAUCAUCAAUCAUCUAGCCUUCUGGAUGAGCUUAAGCUCCUAAACUCUUUAACAUGGAGAAAAGGUCAACAGAAAAUCCCAGCUGGGCUUGACAAAUAUCCCCAGAACUCUGAGAGAGACUUGGAAACUGGGAAGAAAAAGAGAGAAAUGGGUUCCAAGACAUGUCCCACUUCAGGUCCUUAUCCUGUACGAGAAGAAACCCCCAAAUGUAAUGACCCUGUUCAGGUUCCCUCUCAUCCGUCAAAAAGUGCGAAGAUGCUCAUUCCAUUGGGGCAAUCCAAAACUCAUACCUUUGGGGCCUGUGCAACUCAGUCCAGUUCCAAACCCAGACUGCCUAUAUCGUCUUCAGAAAAGAAGCUUUCACGUAAAAGAGAUUUGCGCAAAUUCUAUGAUGACAAUGACAGAGAGGAAACUGAUCUUUACCAGACAGAACCAAGUGGUGGUGCCAACUGUGAAACUGCCGAAGUUUCUGGGGGAAAGAAAUGUAAGAGGGAUUUCAAUUCUAAUGGUUCGAGGCAUGUCAAAAUACAAGAAUCAGGUGAAGAAGGUGCUAGAAAAAGAAAGCAAACAUCUGUAGGGUGUUUGAAUUCAUGUUCUAUUCAGCUGGUGAAUACUUGUUAUAGGAAGGCAAGACCGAUAGUAUGCGGAAAAUAUGGUGAACUAGCUAAUGGAAGUUUGCCUGGAGACACGCCAAAACCAGCAAAAAUUGUUCCCCUCAGCAAGGUUCUUAAUUCUUCUAGAAGAUGCAAGGUCCCAAAAAAUUGUAAUCCUAAAUCACUUCAGAAAACAAUCCCUGGUGGGGCUGUUGUUUGUGGUAAACUAAAUGGUACUUCCAUGGAAAAAACGAAGAAAGGGUGCUCCAUUGGAGAAAAGAAAUGUCGUAAAGAGUUGUCCUCAUUGGAGAAAUUGGGAGAUAAUCAACGUGAGAAAGAUCAUGGUAAGCUAGGCGUUAUUGCCCAUGCUCAAUUGAAGCUGAAGUCUAAGGAAAUUCGCAAGCGUAGCAUUUCUGAAUUAACCGAGAAAGGGAAGGAUCCCAGCUUUGAAAGUGCUUCUGCUUCAAAGAUUUCAAAUUGUCUGCCAGCAGAGAGAGAAGGACAACUCCAAAAGAGUGGUGAAAAUAAGCUUGGACUCUGCAAACUUAGUGCUAAAAUUUCCACUCUAGAGCAAUGGUGCCAUUCUGAUUUGGAUUCAGAUGCAUUCUGCUGUGUUUGUGGUAGCUCAAACAACGAUGAAAUCAAUUAUUUACUGGAGUGUAGUCAAUGUUCAAUCAAGGUGCACCAGGCUUGUUAUGGUGUCUCAAAACAACCUAAAGGCCAUUGGUAUUGCAGGCCAUGCCGGACCAGUUCAAAAAAUAUUGUUUGUGUUCUGUGUGGUUAUGGUGGUGGUGCCAUGACUCAAGCGCUGCGAAGUCACUCAGUUGUGAAAACCCUUUUGAAAGCUUGGAACACUGAAACAGAAAGCAUGCCCAAGAAUAAGUUUUCAUCAGUUAAAACUUUGCAAAAGGAUUCGAGUGGGUGGCAUUGCUUGACCUCAGCUGUCUGUUUUAUGGGUAUGUCCUACCAAGUUGAUGUCGUACAUAAUAGCAUUACAGCGGGAUUACUUGAUUCGGCAACUAAGCAAUGGGUUCAUAUGGUUUGUGGGCUUUGGACUCCUGGAACACGGUGCCCAAAUGUUGACACCAUGAGUGCUUUUGAUGUCUCUGGUGCACAUCCUAGAGCAGAUGUGGUUUGUUGUAUAUGUAUGCGAGCAGGCGGUUCAUGUAUACAGUGCAGGAUUGCAAAUUGUUCUGCUCAGUUUCACCCUUGGUGUGCUCAUCAGAAGGGUCUGUUGCAAAGUGAAGCUGAGGGUGUUGACAAUGAAAAUAUUGGUUUUUAUGGAAAAUGUGUGCUACAUGCUACAUACCCAAUGUGCGAAUCAGGCCAUGUCCCUGAAACUGGUUGCAUUGAAAAACAGGAAUUAACUUGCGCUAGAACUGAGGGUUACAAGGGCCGUAAACGUGAUGGGUUCAGGCAUAAUCAUUAUGGUCAGUCAAAGGGCAAUGGUGGAUGCCUUGUUCCUCAGGAGCAGUUAAAUGCUUGGGUUCAUAUUAAUGGUCAGAAGUCAUCCACUCAGGGGCUUCCAAAGCUGCCAGCCUCGGAUAUAGAGCAUGAUUGUCGGAAAGAAUAUGCACGCUACAAGCAAGCAAAGUUUUGGAAGCAUCUAGUAGUGUACAAGUCUGGCAUACAUGCCCUUGGCCUUUACACGUCUCGGUUCAUUUCCCGCAGUGAAAUGGUUGUUGAGUAUAUUGGAGAGAUAGUGGGGCUGCGUGUUGCCGACAAAAGGGAAAAUGAAUACCAAUCUGGUAAAAAGCUUCAGUACAAGAGCGCUUGCUACUUCUUCAAGAUAGAUAAAGAGCAUAUUAUUGAUGCCACAUGCAAGGGAGGGAUUGCUCGUUUUGUCAACCAUUCCUGCUCGCCAAAUUGCGUCGCCAAAGUGAUGUCUGUGAGGAAUGAAAAGAAGGUGGUAUUUUUCGCGGAGCGGGACAUAUUCCCCGGAGAAGAGAUUACAUAUGACUACCACUUCAACCAUGAGGAUGAAGGUAAGAAGAUUCCAUGUUUUUGCAAUUCAAAGAAUUGCAGGCGCUACUUGAAUUGAGGACGAAGAUGCGUGCAUGUAAUUAUUCCUUGUUUUUUUCAUGUAUUUGUUGUAAAUUUUCGUGGGACGACUUUCAAAUAUUAAGGAUGUAUAAUUUUUGGUAAAUUUGGAAUUCCGAGCAUGAAAAUACCACAUUAAUAUUGUCCUCA